AUGCCUUGUUUUCCGGGAAACAGGAGGAGGAGGAGGAGUGAAGAGGUCAUGAUGUUUGAGGAUUCCUUCACCCGGCGGAUAUUUAUCAGCAAGGUUCUGAUGAUAGUGGCGAUCAACCUGCUGAUUACCGUGGCGUUAAUGACGUUCUGUAUUUUUCACCUGGGUACAAGGCGAUUCUUACUUAAACACUGGUAUCUACCGCUCAUCGCCGCGGGAGUCCUAAUGAUCUUCUCCUUUAUGAUAUGUUGCUGCGCUAACUGCUUCCGAAGAUCCCCUCAAAAGUGGAUACUGUUGGUAAUAUACGUGUUAUGCCAUGCUCUACUGGUGUCCUGUCUUGCGGUUCGAUUUCAUCCGAAGUUGGUUUUUAUAGCCGCGUCUGCUUGUGCUCUCAUCGUGGUUCUGCUGGGACUUUUUGCCAGGUUUGCUCCCUGCGAUUUCACAGGAUGCUGGAUCCUUGCUCUUGUCUUCGGCCUGGUAGUGAUGGUAAUGGGCAUAGUGGCCAUCUUCAUUCCCAGCUUUAAGAUAGUGUAUGUCUCCUUUGGCGUGCUACUCUUCUGCUUUUACAUCGUGAUCGACCUGCAAAUGUUGAUUGGCGGCAAAACACACAGAAAUCAGUUCGACGAAAGCGAUUACAUAUUGGCUGCCAUGUUUAUUUACAGCGACAUAAUAUUCCUCUUUAUAUAUCUACUGGAGCUUAUUGGCUUAAUCGAUUCAUAAAAGUAAAUAAAAGGUGAUGAAAUUAGAAAAAGUGGAAAAAGGGAAAUCAGACUAAGGAUUGAAGCUGUG